AAACAGGGUGGCGGGUGCUUCUUGUGGUUGCUCACACAGACAGGGUAGGAGCAGCUACAGGAGUGGACAGCACGAUGCCUAAGGGUGAAGCAACCUCAGGGCUCCAAAAAGGAGCAAAUACUCAGUUUAAUAGCAGCGGUGGGUGUAGGGGUAGAGGGUGGGAAAGGGGAUUUCAACAAAAGUCCUCCCAGCUUCUUCCUCGGGAUGCGCUGCCAGACUGAGUCCAGGGGUUGCGGGCUCCUGCGCCUCCAGCCCUGCCUGCACAGGCAAAGUUUGUCUCUCUGGGUCCAAUCUGUCCUCUGCUCCUGCAGCCCGGCAAGUGCCAUCGCUCCUCGGUUUCCAGCUGCAGCACUCACCAUGGAGUCCCCCAUCCAGAUUUUCCGCGGAGAGCCAGGCCCUACCUGUGCUCCCAGUGCUUGCCUACUCCCCAACAGCAGCUCUUGGUUCCCCAACUGGGCCGAAUCGGACAGCAAUGGCAGUGUGGGCUCCGAGGACCAGCAGCUGGAGCCCGCGCACAUCUCUCCAGCCAUCCCUGUUAUCAUCACCGCUGUCUACUCUGUGGUGUUUGUGGUGGGCUUAGUGGGCAAUUCCCUGGUCAUGUUUGUCAUCAUCCGAUACACAAAGAUGAAGACCGCAACCAACAUCUACAUAUUUAACCUGGCUUUGGCAGAUGCUUUGGUUACUACCACUAUGCCCUUCCAGAGUGCUGUCUACUUGAUGAAUUCUUGGCCUUUUGGAGAUGUUCUGUGCAAGAUUGUCAUUUCCAUUGACUACUACAACAUGUUUACCAGCAUAUUCACCUUGACCAUGAUGAGUGUGGACCGCUACAUUGCCGUGUGCCACCCUGUGAAAGCUUUGGAUUUCCGAACACCUUUGAAAGCAAAGAUCAUCAACAUCUGCAUUUGGCUACUGGCAUCAUCUGUUGGUAUAUCAGCGAUAGUCCUUGGAGGCACCAAAGUCAGGGAAGAUGUGGAUGUCAUUGAAUGCUCCUUGCAGUUUCCUGAUGAUGAAUAUUCCUGGUGGGACCUCUUCAUGAAGAUCUGUGUCUUCGUCUUUGCCUUUGUUAUCCCUGUCUUAAUCAUCAUUGUCUGCUACACCCUGAUGAUCCUGCGCUUGAAGAGUGUCCGGCUCCUCUCGGGCUCUCGAGAGAAGGACCGAAAUCUCCGCCGGAUCACCAAGCUGGUGCUGGUAGUGGUUGCAGUCUUCAUCAUCUGUUGGACCCCCAUCCACAUCUUUAUCCUGGUCGAGGCUCUAGGCAGCACCUCCCACAGCACAGCUGUCCUCUCUAGCUAUUACUUCUGCAUUGCCUUGGGUUAUACCAACAGCAGCUUGAAUCCUGUUCUCUAUGCCUUUCUUGAUGAAAACUUCAAGCGGUGUUUUAGGGACUUCUGCUUCCCCAUUAAGAUGCGAAUGGAGCGCCAGAGCACAAACAGAGUUAGAAACACAGUUCAGGAUCCUGCUUCCAUGAGGGAUGUGGGUGGGAUGAAUAAGCCAGUAUGACUAGUCAUGGAAAUGUCUUCCUAUUGUUCUCCGGGUAGAGAAGAGUUCAAUGAUCUUGGUUUAACCCAGAUUACCACUGCAGUCUGAAGAGGAAAGAUGAGGUAUUCAAUAACUUAGCCAUGUUAUGCAAUCUAAAGGUGCAGGGCACAUUAGUGAUCUAGCUGAGUAGGGGCAGCAAGUGUGAAGAACAGAGCACAUGUCCUGGCAACAAUACACCUCUUUCCUAGGACAGAGGAGAAGGCAAUCUAAUCUCAACCCUUCGAUAAACAGACAGCACUCUUUCUUCUGGCCCCUUGAUUUACUGCACCUCCAUCUGCGUGGCCUUUCUGUGUAACAUAGUUCCAAAGCUCUAGAGAAGAAAAUGAAAGAAAAAGUGCAUUUGAUCCAAAACUUACUGGGCACCCAACCUUCGCGUUAACACAGGCAAAACCAACUUCGUAUACAAUGAGGCCAUACCAAGGGUCAUAUCCAACUCACUUUCUGCUGGUGAUCAUGUCUUAUGUGUGAUGAGAGUGAAACUUAGGAAGAACCUGGACUCAGACCCUGACACUGGGGGAGAGCACCAUAUUGACAUUUGUGAACCUAUUUAAAGUUGUGGGUGUUCUCGUCUCACAGUGUCUAAUGCCUCGAAAAACUACAGUUGCUUCUUAAGGUCUCUGGUUUUUAGCAUGCUAUUCAGGAAGAUAAUCUUCUGAGAAAACAUGAACUGAUAUUAAAAGGUUGAAGCUUAAAUACCAGCAAAGUGUGUGUAAUUUCAUCUGUAAAUAGUGGUCUGUAUAUAAAUAAGGACCAGGUUUUCCUGUCCAGCCUGUACAUUUCUCAAGGAUGCCGUAGACACACCCCUGGAGGCAUGGAAAGUUCAUGCUGGGAUAUUUUGCUUCACUAUAAGCUACUUUCUUGAUUUGGUCUUGGUGUGAUUUCUACUAGAUUACUCAAACAUCAUUUACUCUAACACUGAUCAUAACUUGGUGUUAACAAUUCCCCAAACUUUGAAUUCAUUCUAAAGUGUUAGCAUUGAUCAAAUCUACUUUGUGGUAGCAUCUGUUUGUAAACACACACAUAUUGCCAGAUUCUCUACUCAGGUAGAGGAAGUUGCUUUGAUCAUGUACACCUUCAAAUGUUAUGCUCUGGCUUUCCACAGAAAGUGGAAUUGUUUCAAAAUGCAUGCUGAAAAAGGAAAUAGGAUUUGAGAUGGCUUAGCACAAUUUGCAUGGUAUUGAGUAAGAGGGUACCUGUGGAAGUUACUAUCUGAGAAGCCCAUUUAGGAUACUUUUGCUAAAUCUUCCAAAUGAAUAUAAAUUCUCCAUUCUUUCCUUCAAAACUUAUAGUUCAGAGAUAAUAAGAGGGUUUUUUUGUUUUGUUUUGUUUUUGACAAUUUUCCUUGAAAGAAGAAAGGCAUAAUUUAAAAAUAACAUCUAUUUCUUCAGCUUGCACAUGGUUAGGGCAGCACCCCUUGGGGGCUAAUAGAUGAUCUGAUGUGUAAACCUGGAUACUGUAGGCACAGUUCCAUCUGUAAGUUCUCACCACCAGCUGUCUCACGGGGGUUGUUCCCUCACUUUCUGGAGAUGGAGGCCUGUAUAAAGGUAUGACACACUCUCCAGAGUCACUGCCAUUAUGUUUAACUCCAUAUGAGACAUUUAUGCAGCUGAAUUCAAUGACAAUGACAUUGCAGAGAUAUUUCAUAGUGAAGAUUAAAUGCUCUUUUGAGUAUUUCUUACAUUUCACUGAAUACCUUGAUGCUCUGGAAUUCUUUUGUAAUGACACAUAGCUAGAACUUAUUAAGAGACAGGUAUUAAUGUAGAUUUAAGCAUGAAGUCUGACAGAGGACAAAAGACAUAUAAAAGAGGGACAUGCCCUAGAGUGGACACAAAGUUCUUUUAAAACUUGCUGUUGAUAUUAUUAUUAUUAUUAUUAUUAUUAUUAUUAUUAUUAUUAUUCAUGUGAGGGCAUGCAUUAUGGCAUGCAUAUAGAGGUCAGAGGACAGCUUUGCACAGUCACUUCUCUUCUCUUUCUUUCACAUAUGUUCUGGGGAUGGUACGCACAUCAGCUGUCCUGCAUUGUCGAGUAGCAUGUACCUUCACUGAGCUAUCUUACCAGCCCAGAGUACAGCUUUCUUAUAAGAGAGAGUCACCAUCCUUGCAUUCUUAAAACUAGAUAUAUAGAUAAGAAUGACUUAAAUAUUGGGAAAUAUUAACCCAAUAGUUUAAAACUUUGGCUAAUAUAGUUAAGAUAUAUAUAUUUGGACAAAGCAGUUCCUGAACAAAUCCUUCUGAAAAGCCUCUACAGUAUAGUAAGAUGCAGAAGAUGCUUAUAGAUUCUUCCCCAGAAAAACAAAGCAAAACACAAUGUGGUUAUCACAUCACCUCAGGAUGGACUUAGAAUGGUGAGUUCUUUAUCAUUCCAUGUGCUCUCCUAAUAUCUCUGUUUCCUGCACUUUCCAAUACAUAAGUUUGAAUCCCAUGGAAGGGACAAGAAUAGCUUUACUGCCAUUGAGAUCUAUUCUGAGCUUCCCCAUGACCCUCAGGUUGAAAGUGAAGAAUAGAUGACAGCCACUUUAGGAUACUAAUUUAAAGAAUAAUAAACAGACUUAGACACUGGAAGGGAAGUAUCAAUUACAUAUAAGUGUUCUACUGUUGAACUAUAUACAUGUACAUGUAUACAUGAAAGAGAGCAGAUUCAUACAUAUGUGCACAUGUGCAUGAUAAUAGAUGGCAGUGGUCAUACUACUGUGCUUGCUUAAUGCAAACAGUGCAUUUGUCUAACUCCACAUCCUCAAACGAUUCCUCAUCUUUGAGGUCCCCAGAAGCCUUUUCCAUUAAAGAGAGAAGGAUUUGCUUGCUAUGUCUGAGACCUUGAGAUCAACCCUACCUGGCCUCUAUCUUCCCAUUCUAGUAGCAAAUUUUGAAAAACAAAAUUUGUCUGGAGAUAUAAGAAGAAUAUUUGAGAAAAGUGUUUAAUUUUGUGAUUGAUAUGUUAGGUUGUUGUUAAACUUGUUUCUAACAAUUUAUAGAUAUUGCAUCUAAUACUGGGACAUAAAAUGAAUACAAUCAAAGAAUAUAGGCUUUAAGUGAAUUUUAAGGACAGCCUAUGACAAAUUUGUAUGUCAUUGUACAAAUUUUAUUUUUCAAGAAAGAGUUGUUUUGAUGGGUUUCUAUCAGUAUGCAAGUCCUAUAAGGUUAAAAAUUAGCUCAGACCUUGACAGUUUUCCUAUCUGAAACUCAAAAGUGUGUUCUUUACUAUAUCAAUAUUGUUUAUAUAUUAUACUGUUAGAGAGUAAUUAUACAUUGUAUAUAUGAUUGUGUACCUUGAAAUAAAACCAAAAUUGUACCUGCUAAAAA